AUGGCAAAGACUAUAAAAGUGGUUAGGAAAAAAGACCCCAAGAAAAAGAAUCAAUCUGAUCCGUUGGCUAAACAAAAACUUAUCUGGAAGAUUGGUCAUGUUUUGACUUUAGUUUUCGGCUUGGUGUUUUCCAUUACAUAUUUCUAUCAUGCCUUAAUCUUCUUCAAAUAUCGUUCCUGGAAAUGGUUGUUCUUGAGAGUUAACAAGAACUACUCCUUUAUUCAAAGUAGGAAAUGGUACAUGAAACUGUUAGGUUGGAGCCCACAAAUAAUGUACCGUCUGUCUCUAAUUGGCGUAUUUAUGUCUGAAUCCGUAACAAUGCAACAAAACUGGGUUGGACUUAACCCUACAUGGAGUGAUUUAUUGUCUUCCGAGAACUUCCAUUCUGUUUUGAUUGCCUGCUUAUGGUUCUUCGGUGGUGGUAAGUCGUUCUACAAGCUACUGCCUUUCAUGAUUCUAAGUUAUUUACACUUAACGAAAAUGAAUUACGAAUUGAAUGCUGACAAAGAGAAAAGUAUUCCUGUGACACCUAGAGACAAAAAACUUCUACAUCUGCUAGCUUAUUCGGAGUUGCUUGUUAUCCUAGCUUUGACUUUGGAUACUAUAUUAUUCAAGACAGGAACCUCCGGAUUUAUGCUGAUCAUCUACGUCGGUAUUUAUUGGUUGCGACUAAACUUUUCACCAUAUGCUCAAGUGACUGUUUUGGAAUUACUUGUCAAAUUUGAAAAAUAUGUUCCUAAGCAACAUAAAAGUAAGUGGCAUGUUAUCAAGAAUUUCGUUUAUUUGAAAAUGAAAGAGCACGAAAAGAGAACUAAAGAGGUUGCCAGGUACGCCUAA